UGUGUAUUACAUGCAGGGACUUAGAAAGGGGAGAUCUCCUUGGUGUGUGUGUUGUCUAACUAGUAGCUUUCUUAAAUUGCUUCAACCUCUAUGUCUGGAAUAUUAUGGACUUGGAUGUGUUCUGUGAACGAGUUGUGGUUCAUACAAAGUUGAAUAUGUCACUCAAUGAGUAGUAUGUUUCCUUUGGCUCAGUGUCUCAUCAGGGAUCCUUCAUGUCAAACAGCCUCCACUCUACAGACGCGUGCUUUGUAGACUAAAGCUGAGCCGAGCUAGAUUCCCUGCCACCCAACCCAGCCAACGCGAAAUAUGCUUGAAUAGAGCUUUUGUGGAGGAGUGUUGCGGAGGGAGUGCUGAUUGCUCAAGCGCGCGCUGUGAGGAAGAGAUAAGCAGCAGAGCUGAGCAGACACAGCAGAAGUCUGAAGACUAAUCCUCACAACUCAGACGGACAGGAGGGAGAGACACACACCAGACCAAGACAGGAUACAUGAUCAGACUAGUUCAACCCAAUCUUGGCCUUUUUACAUGAGAAAAAAAAAGAAACCCAAGGCAAUCUUGGCUAUUGUGCUUCAGAAGCCAAAUGUAGUUUUUGAGGCAUAAAAUGGUUGUGAAUGCUAUAAAGCUAUGAUUUCUGAGGAAGCCAGUAGACAAGAGAGCUACUGAGGGAGAGAUCCAGUAACCAGCAUCAGGAUGCAUCUUGUGGUGGAGCCCUCGCAGGAAGCCAUGCUCACCAUGCUGCCUCACUUUGUGGAGAACGCAGUCUGGACUCAGAGCGAGAUCUACCGACUCCUCAGCGAGAGCUUCUUCAUGGUCAAAGGAGCUGCCCUUUUCCUGCAGCAGGGCACCAAUGCACAGGGACCCAAGACACCCACACACCACAAGCUCGCAGGUGACUUACCGCAACACCUGCAGGUCAUGAUUAACACCCUCCGCUCUGAGGACCGCAUUAAACUGGCUGUACGGUUAGAGAGCGGUUGGUCUGACCGCGUGCGGUACAUGGUUGUGGUCUACACCAGUGGUCGCCAGGACACCGAGGAGAAUAUCCUGCUAGGGAUGGACUUCACCGAUAAGGACCGUAAAAGCUGCUCUAUCGGGAUGGUGCUACCGCUCUGGAGCGAUACGAAGGUCCAUUUGGAUGGAGAUGGAGGAUUUAGUGUGACCACAGGAGGACGAUCGCAUGUCUUCAAGCCUGUUUCUGUGCAGGCCAUGUGGUCUGCCCUGCAGAUCCUCCAUAAGGCAUGCGAGGUGUCUCGCAGGUACAACUACUUCCCCGGGGGCAUGGCCCUCACAUGGAUGGGCUUCUAUGAGAGCUGUAUCACCUCCGAGCAGAGCUGCAUCAACGAGUGGAACGCUAUGACCGACCUGGAGACCACGCGGCCCGACUCACCUGCCAUGUUCGUCGACCGGCCAACGGAGAGCGAGAGAACCGAGUGUGCAAUCAAAGCCAAACUACGCACCAUCAUGAUGUUCCGUGACCUGGAGAAUGUCACUUCCAAGGAGAUCCGUGUGGAGCUGGAGCAGCAUAUGAGCUGUAACCUGAAGGAGUACAAAGAGUUCAUCGACAACGAGAUGCUGCUGAUCCUGGGUCAGAUGGACAAAGCCACACUCAUCUUCGACCACCUCUACUUGGGCUCUGAGUGGAAUGCCUCCAAUCUAGAGGAACUACGGGACUGUGGUGUGGGCCACAUCCUCAACGUGACCAGGGAGAUAGACAACUUCUUCCCGGGCAUGUUCACCUACCACAACAUCCGGGUGUACGACGAGGAGGCCACAGACCUGCUGGCCCACUGGAACGAGACCUACAACUUCAUUGUCCGAGCCAAGAAGAACCAGUCUAAGUGUCUAGUCCACUGUAAGAUGGGUGUGAGCCGGUCAGCCUCCACGGUCAUAGCGUAUGCCAUGAAGGAGUAUGGCUGGACUCUGGAGAAGGCCUACAACUUUGUGAAGCAGAAGAGGAGCAUCGCUCGGCCCAACGCUGGUUUCAUGAGGCAGCUGGCCGAGUAUGAGGGCAUCCUGGACGCUAGUAAGCAGCGCCACAACAAGCUGUGGAGGCCCGAGGGAGGAGAGGACAUCCCAGAUGAGGCGUCUGGCCAGUGCUGUGGCGGAGAGGAGACUCCCGUGGAGGGUGAGGCCUGGGGGGGAGAGGGCUGCGGAGCCUCCCCCUGCCGGAGCUUGGGCCUGGAGGUGGAGCCCUUGGACCCCCUCAACUACAACUACUACUUCAGACGGCUGUCGGACACGGCCCUAGACAGCGAGCCCUCCACCCCAGUGCGUGGUCCUCCCCUGCUGGGCAUGGAUAGGGUGUUUAUUGAGAUCGAGGAUGUGGAGAGGGACGCCCUUCUGGAGGACGAGGGCUUCCCCAUGGCCCAGCUGGCUCUGCCCGGGGAAGGUACCGCCGCCCAGACCUGUGGGGGCCGCCUGGAGCCCCUGGAGGACAUGAGGCUGAGGCUGGAGUUCAGCACGGUGGAGGAGGAGGACGAGGAGGAGGCGCAGAAGGAGGAGGCAGAGAUGGCCGCCCUGGCUUGGACUGCUGCAGGAGGAGAGGGAGCGAGAGAGGACGAAGAGAGAAAGGAUCAGGUCAACAUGAACCGCUUUAACAACGAGAACGCCAACAACAGUAACCGCCUGGCUGCCAAGCGCAGCUGCCCCGCUACCUUCGACGACAGUGCUAGCACAGGAAACCCUUACAAAGUCAAGCCCUCCUACCAGUCGUGUAAAGACUGCCUGCGUCUGCCACCAGGGCGGCGCUGUGAGCGCCCAGCAGGAGGCCGCACCCACCGCCUUAACCCCACACGUCACUGCGGAGUGGUCCCCACCAUCUCCAUAGACCCCCCUGGCACCCACUUCACCAACACCCCUGCCCCCCACUCCCCCUGCACCCUACCUGCCACCAUUGCCCGACUGGAGGCCUACCGCCAGCGGCUGGUGUCGCCCAUGAGCUGCGAGGAGCUGCCCCGAGACCGACACUGCUCCUUGGAGACGGAGGACAUGGACGAGCUGCAGGAGGAUGAGGAGGAGGAAGAACAGGAGCCAAGGCCAGGCAGGGAGGUUGGGACCGGAGCCAUCACGGAGCUCACGUUUAUGAAGCUCAGCCUGGACGGGGAGAGGCCAGCAGGUCAGUCUCCUAGUGGAGGGGUGGAGUUGCAGCCUGCUGGGGUGGAGUUGCAGCCUCCUGGUGGUGGAGUGGAGCUACAGAGGACGGGGCCUGAGCUGGGGAUGGGGCUGGUGAGGCAGAGGGCAGAACAGCUGGAAAGGCUUUCAGGCCUGGCCAUGGAGGGUAUACUCUCAGGGGCUGGGCUUGCUGAGCAGAUGGACCUGCACUUGGCGGUGGAGGAAAUGGAGGGGGAUGUAGGGAUGCAUUCUGAAACCCCCAUUCCAUCUACCAGCUGCAUGGUCACAGCCGCAGACCCCCAGAUGAACACCACCCCGGUGUCGUACCCCCAGGGUUCCGCCCAGACCUGGACCCCCGUGUCCUCCCCCCACGGCUCCACCCUCACCCGGAGCUCCAGCAGCGACAGCCUCCACAGCAACCGUGGGGGACACCAAGGCCUGGUCCGGCAGCGCACCCAGGAGAUAGAAACCCGCAUGAGGCUGGCCGGCCUGACCUUCCCCUCCCUGCUCAAACGCUCUAGCUCCCUGGCCAAGCUGGGAGGUCUCACCUUCUCCACCGAGGACCUCUCAGACCUAGCUGACGAUCAGGCCCAGCUGUUCUCCACCGAGCCACCAGCCUGCCCCUCCACACCAGGGGGAGAGGAACCCUCUGAGCCCCCAUCCACCCCCAGGAGCUGACUGUGUUUCCAGUGUGUCUCCUCCAGAUAGGUUCCGCAGUCAGAACUUAGGGAGCAGGUUUGAAGGAGGAUGAAGUUUGCCAGGUUUGCUACAGGUGUCCUGGAGACAUGCCUGGAGAUUCCUCUGUCUCUCGAGACAUAUUAACAGCAUGUUGGCUGGAAGAAAGAAAAAUAACAACACAAUUGCUAUUAUACAUACAUGUACUGUCUGUUUAUCAAUCCCAAUAAGAGAUACUGUUUUAGAUAGUACUCUCAAUGGAGCUCAAUGAAUGUGUGCAACUGAGCCUCUGCUUCGAUUCGUUCAACAUCUCCUCAUGUGCCCCUGAACAGACAGACGGUUGAAUAUUGAAUCCUCACUUACUGUAUUUUCCUCUUGCGUUUUUGUGUCACCGAAUAACGACUUCUUCAUAUGAGCAUCUUCCUGCCUCUUCAAGCGAAGCAGUGUACCUCAGUCGGAACACAAGCAUCUCAAGAAUAUUUUAGUCCAUGACUGUCUUUGUUGACUUGCCUCUCUUCUCAAUGACUGGCUCAGCCAGCCCUCCUCCAUUUGAGGUACUUCAUGAAAUAAUGUCUUGAAAAGUGGUCAAUAUGCUAUUCAUGGCCGUACAGUGUUACGCAACGUGUCCUCGUCGUCACGGCUACAGCCUCUUCUUGAGCAAUGCUAUGGAUGAUGGGAAGAAACGCAGAAAGAGAAGUAAUAUUGACUAAGUCCCGUUUUCCAUUCUCUCCUGGAUUCGUUUGUUUCUUUGAAGCAGUUUAGAGGGAGCAUAUAAACGUUGGAUUUGUUUAGUUUUCGCCACAGCUGGCAUUUCACCACUGCUGUGCAAAGGCAAUAGGCACAGACAGUAGUUCAAUGAUCUGAUUGAGAACUCAUCAUCAUCCUUGUAUGGUUUGAGAGGAUUUGUGGGCAACUGAAAGAGUUCAAAUUGUUUUGGGAUUGGAUUUCACAAUGCUGUAUUACUCUACCACUGAUUAGUGCUCUGUCCCCUCUUCUCCAGACCAGCUGUAGUCCGACAUACUGUGUCUGACACCAUAUCUUUCUUCCAUCGUCUCUGCAUCACUAUCAAAAGGCAAUCAAAUACAUUAGGUUCAAGUUUUUUCUUCUAUUUAUUCUCCUCCCUAUUGACACACAUUUGUGGUAUUGCACAGUAGGUGUAGGAGCUUUGUGAAACCGGCUUUAUUCAACUGUCAUUGUGCCAGAGCAACAUUGGACUCCCUUUUAUUUGUACUGUAACAAAAAAAAAUGGAAUCGUUGCCAUACAUUGAAGCAGAACUACUGUAUAAGUCACAUUUGUUUGAACAGCUUGUUUUUGCUUUCACAGACCUGGGAGUUCCAAAUGUGUCUGUGAUGUUAGCAGCACAGCGUAAUGGGCUUUAGCUGGAUCUGUUUGGGAAAGAAGCAGCUUUUCUCAGCCUUUCGCAUGGCAACACUAACCGCCAAACAAGGAAGUUGGGACAAAAAACAAGUUGAGGCAUUGGAAAGAACAGACGAUUAUCUACCGGCAUAGUUUCUCAGAAAGGGGUUACAGUUCUGCUUUCUGUUGCAGUCUGUAGAAUAUCAGUAGCUAGCUACUACAAUUUUUAGUUUAUUUACAGCAGACAUGAGAAACUUCCGAAGCUGUGUGUAGAGCAGCAGCACAGUAUGACAGGUCAAGUCUGACUGGAGGCUCUGCCAUCCCGCAUGCUGUUUGACCAAUGUUCCCUUAACCCCUAUAUUUAUCAGUCCGAGUAUUUAUUUAGUACAGGUUCUAAUUUGAUAAACUGGUGCAUAAUAUGCAGGUAGUUGACUUCUUUGUGGCCAGCCUAAACUUACUUUGCCCCAAAGGGUAUAAUGCUUUUGAAAGUUGUUUGGCUGUUUAUAAACUAAUGCAUUUGGCAUGUUGAGUGUGCAAGGAUAAUAUGUGUGAUGGUGGCAGUGUGUGUGUGUGUGUGCAGGCGCAUGCAUACAUCAGGAGUUUAUUACCAUGGUUGUGACAGAGUGCUAUGUGACGAUGGGAAAGCUGUCUGUGUAUGAGUGCAAAACAUCUGUUGCUCUUUUAAAGUAGGGGAUCAAUUGACUUUUUUUCAAUUGAGCUGUACAUAUGUCGUUGCCACUGACGAAAUGGCCUAUACUAUAUGUAGACAAGAUUGCUUUUGAUUUGUGAUAACUGAACAAAGACUAAUGAAAAUCACUCGUUCACCCAAAUUACAAAAUGAGACAUUGUUUUCCUUACCCUGUAAGCAGUCUAUGGACAAAUUAUGACAGGAAUCCAUGCUAUGGUGUAGUUUCCCUAGCACUGUUUCCAAGUCAUGGGCCCCAUUUUUAUUAGAUUUUCUUGAGCAUCAUGUUUAAAACAUCUAUAAGUGACUGAGUUUCUCAAUCAAUGUUGGAUACUUUCGGAUGAUUUGGACAUGAUAAGCGGAAAAUUCUAAUAUCGGUCCCCUGACUUGAAUGGGAUUUUUGCCACAAAUGCUAAGAUGUUAGCAUGUAGAAACAGUGCCAGAGUAACUAAACCAAAGAAUGGAUUGCUGUCAUACCUUGUGCAUAGACUGCUUACAGGGUAAGGAAAGCAAUGUGUAAUUUGGGUGAGCUAUCCCUUUAAUCAUAUGAGUGGCUCUGCAUUUGUUAUAUUAGCAACUAUCUUCAGUGUUUGUUACUUAGAGGUACUGGUCAAAGCAAAUUUGCAUUUAAUUUGGGUACAAACCACAUGAAUGGGUUGGGUUCUGUGGUCAGUGAACACUUUGUGGUGUUUGCACUUAAGGUUACUGCACUUAAGGCACUGGGUGAAUUUGCCUGUGUUCACUGGUAGGUAUUCAAUUUUAAAGAGGUUGCCUCAUAGGAAAUACAGUUAUUAGAAUGGAAUAGGAAGUAGUAGUGUUUUAAAUUGAGUUUUGUCUACAAAACUGCCCCCUGUCCCUUUUUUAAAAAACAUUUUUUUUUAUUGAAUCUCGUUCAGCCAAUCCGAUGUCUAGCACUUGAGGUCACCAUAUCAUUUGGGUUUGCGCUUUAUUCCAACCCACUGUUAUAAUGCCUUCAUGUAGCGGUUAUAAGCAUGAUGUAACUUCUGACAUAGCAGGUUAUUAAAAGGGUUACAGAAUACCCUAUAAUAUUAUUAAGAGUGGAAUUAGAUCCCGAAGGUUCAAAUAUUUAUUUCACGACACUGGUGUGGUGAUGACAUUAUUGUAGGAUCUGUUUGGUUGGCCAGUGGUGCCCAGUGUUACGUCAUGCUCAUAGCAGUGAACAGUAGGCCAUAUGACGGAGGAUUUAAGUGCCGUCAAAAGGAGUGUCUUGAACUAGUCCAUCACAACUGAUGCUAUGCUUAAAGCUACUGCACUGUUUUUUUAAUUUAAAAAUAAAUCUAUUUCUACUUAAGUGCCUUAACCCUGGCCUUAGCUCUGUCUGUCCUAACCUCGUCACAGGCUUUGCAGAGUCAUUGUGAAUGAGUGUAUCCAUGGAAACGCCACUUGCCCUCUGCCCCCCCAAAAAUAAUUAUCCCGAUGCCCCUCGAAAGCUAUAUCUUGAUACACACGGAGCACACAAGCUCUCACUCCCACACGUGUAUUUGCUUGACAGGCUCAUCAAUUGCUAUUAUUUUGUUUUCUAUUAUUGAGACCAAAGUCUGAGGGGUUUAUUUGUGCAAAUGGGCACAGAACAAAGUUUUCUACAUACAUUCCCAGGCAUCUUAGGGUUCACCUGCCCUUACUUGACAAUCCUUAAACUGGUCAAUGCUUUGAGAGUGUGAGACAGAAAGCUGGGUAUAGAGACCCUGAGACAUAGGAAGAGGGGGAACUUAUAUGUCAAGAUGUUCAUGUCAAGAGUACAAGUUGCCAUCUUUCCCUGAUAUUCAUUCCUUACCAUAAACAAGUGUUCGAUGUGUUUUUGCAUAUAAGGCAUAAAUGAAUGAAGACUCAUAAAACAUACAUCGUCAUAUUGAGUACGUUUUUUUUUACAUUGAUUGAUUGAUUGUUUUUGUUAUAUAUUUUAUUUUUUACAUUUUAAGCUGUAACUUAUCGUUUGCACUAUGUUAAUGUGUAAUGCACUUUUUUAAACAUUUAUUUUACAUUUUGUUAAAAGGAUGUCCAGUGGAUGUGAAUCAUGGAAAUAAACCAUUUCCUCUGCAUAACCUA